AUGGAUAGUCCAACGAGCAUACGAAGUAAACCACCACCUGAGAUUCUCCCUCCGUGCAGUAGCCAACGACGGAGGAGCAGCUGCGACUCGAACGCACCGGAGUUCGAGUUCUGGCGUCUAACAAGCUCUUCAUUUCAGCAGACCGAAUCAGAUCUCAUAUCCGCCGACGAGCUUUUUCACGACGGCGUUCUUCUUCCGCUUCACCUCCUCUCCAUCAAAUCCGAACCUCAACCCGACCCGACUGUCUCAGAAUGCGAUCCGGAUCCAUCUCCUUCGCCAGCUACUCUGGUUUCAGAGGUAAAACCCGAAUCAGAACCCGGUUUAGGAUCCGAGUUGACCCGGGAGCCGACGGUUUCGAAACGGUGGAGGGAUAUAUUCAGGAAGAGCGAGAAUAAACCGGCCGGGAAGAAAGAGAAGGUGAAAGAGAAAAAGAAAGAGAAGAAGACCGGUCUUGGUCCGGGCUCUGGCUCGGGAGCGGAGCUAAAUAUCAACAUUUGGCCGUUUUCAAGAAGCAGAUCCGCCGGGAACAACGUGGUCCGACCAAGAAUGUCGUUUGGAGUUCCGACUACACGGAAAGUCAGCAGCGCGCCGUGUUCCCGGAGCAACUCCACCGGAGAAUCAAAGUCGAGGAAAUGGCCGAGUAGUCCCGGUCGCAACGGCGUGCAUCUUGGUCGGAGCAGUCCAGUCUGGCAAGUCCGGCGUGGAGGUGGAGCUCCGACCGGGAAACCGGUAUCCGAGCCGGUGGGUCGGGUUCUGGGCAAAAGGGAAGUUACCGAGGCGCGUAGGGGUAAAACGGUGAUUGAUAGCAAUAAAGCAAAAGUCAUAAACUUGAACGUGCCUAUGUGCAUCGGUUAUCGGAGCCGGUUAAGCUGCAGAAACGACGAGGGUGGAAAUCAUAACAUUGGGAGUGACGAUAAUAAUAACGCCAAUGUUAAUAAUCCUAAUCCUAAUGGUUUAUUUGGCUUUCGUAAUCUCUUCAUUAAGAAAGUUCAUUGA